AUGGGGUCAUCUGUGUCCAAGGCUGCCCUCGAAGCGACCACGGAUGAGCUCAUGGAACCAGACCCGAAACAUCUAGCUGAUCUAAUUCAGUACAUAAAUGGAACAAAUAUGAGUGUUAAGCGCCUAGCUGAUGUUCUUUCUGAGAAAACUAGGAACAGCAGCUGGGUGGUGGUGUUCAAAGCCCUGGUUACGGUGCAUCACCUUAUGGUGCAUGGCAAUGAGCGUUUUAUCCAACAUCUUGCAUCUAGAAACUCUUUGUUCACUUUACACAACUUCCUGGAUAAAAGUGUCGUAGAAGGCUAUGCUAUGUCAACCUUCAUCAGACGAUAUAGCAGGUACUUGAAUGAAAAGUCACUCGCAUAUAGACUGAUCACAUCUGACAUCACCAAAACCAAGAGAGGGAUGGAUGGUAUGAUGAGAACUAUGAAUACUAAAGACCUACUAAACACACUUCCAGUUAUUCAAACUCAGUUUGAUGCUCUUCUUAAUUUUAAUGCAAGUGCCAAUGAACUAACUAAUGGUAUAAUGCAUGCUGCUUUCAUGCUCCUGUUUAAGGAUUCUCUUCGCCUCUUUGCUGCCUGUAAUGAGGGAAUACUUAAUCUGCUAGACAAGUUUUUUCACAUGACGAAGAACCAGUGCAACACAAGUUUGGAUAUUUACAUCAAGUUCCUUAGAAGCACAACCAAAUUGGCACAGUUCCUGAAGGUUGCAGAGCAAGUUGGAAUUGACAAGAACAACAUUCCGUAUCUUACUGAGGCACCAAGCAGUUUACUUGAAGCAUUAAAACAGCAUUUAGCUUCCUUGGAAGAGAAAAAUGACAUUUUUCCUCCUUACAGGUUAUGUUGA